UCAAUACAUCAAUUCCCAUCUUCGAAAUGCCUCCAAAAGCUACUGCAUCCAAGGCCAAGGCCGCUUCCUCAGACCAUGCCUCCUACCAAGACAUGAUCACUGAUGCCAUCGUCAAUUUGAAGGACCGCAACGGAUCAAGCCGCAUCGCCCUCAAGAAGUAUGUCAAGGCCAACAACAAGAGUGUCGCCGAGGGCACCAUGUUCGACUCUCUCUUCAACCGCGCUCUGAAGUCUGGUGUCGAGAAGGGCGUCUUCGCUCAACCAAAGGGCGCUUCCGGUGGAACUAAGCUCGCUAAGAAGGAGCCAAAGCCAGCUGCUGCCAAGGUCAAGUCCGACAAGCCAAAGGCAGAGAAGAAGACUGAGAAGAAGGUCACGGAGAAGAAGCCUGCCGCCAAGAAGGCAACCACCACAAAGAAGGCUGCUGUUCCCAAGACCAAGGCUGCACCAAAAGCCAAGGCAGUCAAGGCACCAAAGGAGAAGAAGGCUGCUGCACCCAAGGCAAAGGCUGCUGCCAAGCCAAAGGCCGCACCAAAGGCAAAGAAGGCCGCUGCCCCCAAGGCUGCUCCUGCUGUUGUUGACAAGCCAGCCGUUCUCUCCAAGACCAAGUCCGGACGCGUCACCAAGACCACUGCGAAGACACCUGCUCCCAAGAAGGCAAAGGCUACACCCAAGAAGAAGGCAACACCAAAGAAGGCCGCUGCUGCACCAGCUUCCUAAGUUGGUCGCACUGUCAUGUCUCUCUUUUGAUUGUCAAUACAGGCGUUGGGGCUGGGCACGCGUCGUGAAGGGGAUCACACGUUGAUUAUUGUUUGUCUGUUUUUUCGAGGGAAAUAUCUGAGGUUUUUUGUCUGGAUUAGCUCAUGUUCAACUUAACUCUUGAUGACUGGAUGGGGUGGGUGGAUGGCUCGGAAAUCACUUUCUAUCAUGUUGUAUCAGGAAUCCUUGUUUCCCGGUUCUGUACAAGAUGUUGGGAAAAU